GAGGAAGAGGAGAAGGCCUGGCCAGCGCCCAGGGGGUCCUCAUCCCUUGCAGUGUCCCCACCCGCUUAGAUGCGAGAGGAGGCACUCUGCCCAUGCUCAAGCUGACAUCCCUCCUGCAAGUGGGAAGAAGCCUGUGUCCAGGAGAACCCCCCCCCCCUUCCUCUGAUCUGGACAACCCCCCCCCCCUCCACCCGCUGCGUCGCGGCGGAAAGAGCGGCUCCGGAGCCAUUUGCAGAGCCCUUGGGCGGCGGAGGGAACGGAAGGGAGGGCGGCAAAAGCCCCCGCCAUCCGCGGCAGAAGGGGCGAGGAGGAGGAAGGAGAGGAAGCCGUGCAGAAAGAGAAAGAGGCAGAAAAAGAAAGAGGCAGAAAGAGGUCUCCUCUCUCUCUCUCUGGGAAAGGCCGACCUCCCCCUCCGCCCCCCCCCCCUAGGAAUGGAGCCCCCCAAAGGAGGAGGAGGGGGAGGGGACCCCGCCCGCCCCGCCGCCGCCCCGCCCUAGAAGAAGAGGCCCGAGGAGGGGGGAGACACGGCCGAGCCCCAAGCGCCGCCGCCGGAGAAGCCCCGACGCCUCCUUCACCAUCGACCAUGAAGAAGAGGAGGAGGAGGGGGGCCCUUUCCCACCCGCCAAAGAGCACAGGCACCAUGUGAUGCCAGAGGAGGGCUGGGAUGAUAUGGAAUGUGGCCAGUUGCCUUCAGAUGCCCUCCGACAGGUGAAGAUCCCGCGUGACCCGCUCUACGGAUUUGGCUUUGUGGCCGGCAGCGAGAGGCCUGUGGUGGUCCGCUCUGUCAUUCCAGGGGGGCCGUCUGAGGACAAGCUCUUGCCAGGAGACCAGAUCCUGGGCAUAAAUGAGGAAGACGUGAGUGACGCCCCCAGAGAGAGGUUCAUAGAACUCGUUAGAAGUGCCAAGGAGUCCGUGGUGCUCACUGUGCUGCAGACUCAUCAGUCCCCAAAGUCUGCUUUCAUCAGCGCCGCCAAGAAGGCAAAGCUUCGCUCCAAUCCUGUGAAGGUUCGCUUUUCAGAACAGGUCACCAUUGGCGAGACAGAUCCAGACAUGCUGAAGAAGGAGGCCCUGCUCCUCAUUCCCAAUGUUCUGAAGGUUUUCCUCGAGAACGGGCAGAUCAAGUCUUUCACCUUCGAUGGCCGGACCACGGUCAAGGACGUGAUGAUGACGCUGCAGGACCGGCUUUCCCUGAGGUACAUUGAGCACUUCUCGCUGGUUCUGGAGUACUCCAGCCCUGAGCAGAGCCACAAGUUCCUUCUGCUUCAAGAUAAGCAGCCACUGGCCCACGUGGUGCAGAGGACCCACUACCAGGGCAUGCGAUGCCUCUUCCGUGUCAGCUUCUUCCCCAAAGAACCAGUGGAGCUGCUACGGAGAGAUCCAGCUGCCUUUGAGUACCUCUACAUCCAGAGCCGGAACGACGUGAUCCGGGAGCGGUUUGGCAUGGAGCCGAAGCCGGAGAUGCUUCUGGGCCUGACCGCCCUGCACAUUUACAUCACCGUCUCUGCCACACGCCCCAGCCAGAAGGUCUCCCUCAAAAACGUCGAGAAGGAGUGGGGCCUGGAGCCCUUCCUGCCCCCUUCGCUGCUGCAGGGCAUCAAGGACAAGAGCCUGCGGAAGUCCCUCUCCCAGCAGCUGAAGGCCCACCAGAACCAGCCGCCCUGCGGCACCAAGGUCUCCACCACCCAAGCAAAGCUCCAGUACUUGCGCAUCCUGAAUGAGCUGCCAACCUUUGCGGGCGUCCUCUUCAACACCGUGGGACUGGACGAGAAGCAGCCGGCCACCACGCUCCUGGUGGGCCCCCGUCACGGCAUCAGCCACGUCAUAGACCUGAAAACCAACCUCACAACUGUGCUGUCCGAAUUCAGCAAAGUCAGCAAGAUCCAGCUCUUCCGGGAAAACCAGGGGGUGGCGCGGGUGGAGACCAGCAUCCUAGAUGCCAAGCCGCUGGUGCUUCUGAUGGAAUGGCCGGAGGCCACCAACUUCGCCUGCCUGAUUGCCGGCUACUGCCGUCUUUUGCUGGACUCCAAGAGGAUGAUGAUCUUUGCCCGACAGCCCAGCCAGCCCCCGUCAACCCCUCUUAUCAAGGCAGAUCACCCCAACGCGCUGCCUGCUAGCCACCGGUCUCUCCCCACGGGGCACCUGGGAAAGAAAGAGAGCGGGUUCCUGGGUGGCGCUGUCCCCGUCCCCGUCGUCGAUCGUGGCCCCCGAGAUCCCGUGGCCCCGGACCCGGAGCUCGUCCGCGUUUGCUACCUGCACAUGCGGGAGCAGAGAAAGGAGCACAAGAGCCGGGCCACGGAUGUCAAUGAAAACCUGAUCUUCUUUGAGGAGUCUCGGCCUCGGACCAAGUCAGACCCCACCUCCAAGAGCUCCGGGACGGACUGCGAGGGAGCCCCCCAGGACUACGACCCAGACGGGCUGGACCGGGAGCGCCGGGCCAACCGUGCACGCGCACACACCAUGGAUGGCCAUCACGGCCAUCGCCGCCGCUCCGUCCAGUUCUUCUGUGACUCUUGCAAAGCCAAAGUCAAGGGGGGCCGGGGGACCAGCACCACUGCCUCAUCUGCCCCCUCCACCUCCCGCAAAGGCGGCAACCCCGGUGCCCCCCGUGACAGCAACACAGCAGUGGACCUGACGUCCCUCCCUCCGCCUGGGAGCGACGAGGAGGAUGAGGACGAUGAGACCACAGCCCUCCUCCCAGCCAUUGCUGCCCCCCCACCAGGCUUCCGAGACAACAGUUCCGAUGAGGAUGACUCCAAGCGGCGGGCAGCAGCGGCGGCAGCAGCAGCAGCAGCACAGAAUAAGGAGCCUGGGAGACACCUCUGCGGGAUCCUCUAUGACGAGAUUCCAGUGACGCUCAUCGACAGUGUGCAGCCCAGGACGGUCGAGGACCACGCACAGGACCUGGACGAUGCCCUGGUCUCCACCCUUCAGGCGCUGGAGGCUCUGGCUGCCUCAGAAGACGGGCCACACCCCCCGCCUCAGCAGACAGCAGGGCUGAUUGUUCUGGCUGCCAUCACCCCUGAGUCCUCUCUUGACUCCGGCCACGAGACCACCUCUUCAGAGAUCCCGGACGUUUCAGAGGUGGUUUCGGCCAUGAAGCAGCACCAGAAUGCUGCCUUCUUCCUGGCCCAGCACAUCAACAAGGAGGGCCUGCUGGCCAGGAAGGACCUCCCGUUCCGCCUCCAAGGCUGCGCUGCGCAAGCCGUCCUCACCUCACCACCGUAUGUUCUCCGGCGGCCAGAGUCCAGCUGCCUUCCAAAGCCGGCCAGCUCAAGCCAAGAAGCCAGCGCUGUCUGCAGCCAGAGCAAGCCGGGGCCCUCCCAGCUGGGACAGAGCAGUACCUUGGCCACCCAUCCAGCAGCCCCCCAGCCGGCCGGGGAGAGCAGGAGCAAAGGCACACCACUGCCACCGUCUUCCCCUGAGCACAGGGGCUCUGUCCUCCAUCCGACAGCCUCCGAGGCUUCUCCAUGCAGCACAGUGGCUUCUCUCAGCAAUCUGCAGGGACCGCAGGAGAAGAGGCCCACAGAGGUCCGGCUGAGUCCCACACUGUUCCUGGAUGCCCAUGGCCGGAUGACCCCGGCCCUCCUCUCAGCAGCUCUGCAGCAAAUGGUCAGCCGCAAGGCCUGUUCCUCGUCUCCUUUAUCUUCCCCUAUGGCUCCCCCAAGAGAAAGUGCCAUGUCCAGUGACAGCCACAGUUGUAGGCAACCGGCUGGCAGCAAGCCUGGCCCUCAGAGGCUGAUGUCCCUGGGCCAGCCUGCCCCUGACCCCAAGGUCCCCUUAACAGUGCAAGACGGAGCCCCUCUCUGUCCCCCAGGGGCGAAAAUGGGUGCUCCUCCCCGCUCCCCAGGUGAGGAGGAUAGACCAGGUCCCAAGAGAAAACAGGAGCCAGUGGAGCGGUUGGGGAGCCAGAAAGGGCCCACAGAGGCUGCUGGUACAACCAGCCACAGACAGACUGCUUCCAUGGGCCGAGGGGAAUGCAGCCAGCAGGAGACAAGUGCCAGAGGCCUGCAGGCUGAAGGGAUCUCCCUGAGGCCUCCAAGUGCCAAGAAUGAGGGCAUCCUCCAGGGUCCUGAAAAUGAAGAGCUCAAAGGGCAAGCCCAGCUGGGGCCCAGGGCUGAGAGCGUGGCCACCAGUCCUGUGCCUUUGGUGAAGCCUGAGAAAGUCUUGGCAGUCACUCUGCCGGAGGCUGACGUUCCCGCAAAGCCCAAAGUGCCCAAGGCCUCUUUUCGGCUGCGCAACCUCUUUUCCGCCACCUUCCCUGCCCGGCUCAGGAAGGAGACAGAUGAGCGCCAGGCCCAGCUGCAGAAGGUGAAGCAGUAUGAACUGGAGUUCUUGGAAGAGCUGCUGAAGCCAAAGGCUAAGUCCGGGGAGGCCCUCCCACUGCCGCUGCCACCCCCAGUGCUGCCGGACCACCUGGUCCCCUCCGGCCCUGGGGGCCACUGCGCCUGCCAGCUCAGGACCAGCCCCAUCCAGAAGAUGCCCGGCUUGUCCAGGGAGCAGCGCCGCAGCUGUGACUGCAAGCGCCUGAGCCGCGGGGGGAGGCCGCAGGCCAGCCAGGUUCCAGAUGCAGAGAGGCGUGGGCGGGAGAGAGGCCUCCGGGAGCAGCACGGGGAGCCCCUGCGGGGGACCCACAUCCGGAGCCCCUCCAAGGGCGCCCGCAUCCGCUCUACCAGCCUGGAGGCCAGGUACUGCCGCCGCUCCGAUCCCGAGAAUGGUUUGUCUUGCUUGACGACAUGUGCCUCCCGAGGAGAGUGCCUUGGAGCCCCCCAAUACAAGAAGCUGAUGCGUCGCUACAGUGUGGGUGAAAUAGAUAAGGUGGAGCCAAACCCUCCAGCCCCGGAGGGCUAUCGGAGCAUCCACCUGGCAACCAAAUCACAGCUGAAGGAAAGCGACGCUGAGGCCCAUGGUCCUCCACCAACGAGCAAAGCCCAGGAAUCCACAGAUCCCUCCUGCGUCCCAGUGGCGACCCAGGAGAAGGUCCACCGGGGUCCCUUCCCACUCACAGAGGACGUCUACCCCAAUCAUGGUCGGCUGCCGGAGGAAGGUGCGCAGGAAGAGGAGGAAGAAGAGGAGGGAUCUGGCAGCGAGCGCUGCUGCUCCAUCCGCUAUUGUUUCUACUACCGGAAGUGCGACACAGCAGACGAAGGAAGUGAGAAGGAUGAGCUAUCCUACUCCAUCCCUGUGCAGAUCCUGCCCGGCAUGCAGCUCGACAGCCAGGUUGUUCCUGUGGUCAGCCGGACCCUCCAGGUGCUGGACGCCACAGCCUGCAGUAGCCCCGACAGCCACCAGACCCAGGAGAUAGACCUGCGGACCUCCACCUUAGAGGGCAGUCUGGCCAAAAUCCACGCCUUGAAAGGCCGGACCUACGCAUUGCCUGACGGCUUCCUGGCCGCCCAGCUGGACACCAGCGAGCUCCUGACUGUCCUGAGGCAGUGCGCCGCGAACCCUGAGGCCCGGGAUGAGGGCAAGCCCUGCCUCCCGCAGCUGAUCGAGCGCAAGCAGGAGCUGGCCCUCCGGUUCAAGGAGUUCCGGGCCUCUUGCCGGCGUGUGGCUGCCGUAGACAAGAGCCCUGCUCACAUGCUCCUGGCCAUCACCAGCAGCUUCCAGGUCCUGGGCAGCCUGAUCGAGACCUUUGUGCGGCUGGUGCACGUGGUGCGCUCCGAGGCCCAGCGCCAGGCUUUGCUGGCCAAGGUGGAGGAGGUGGUCAGGAACUACACCUUCUUGCUGAGGGCUGCUGAGGAGUCCACGGCCAGAACGGCCACACACCGGUUGGGGGACCCAGCCACCGAUCCGCUGGGCCGGCAGUCGGUGGCAUCAGUCAUGGGCACGUUCACACGCUCCUUGAAGACAUUGAUGAACAAGUGAGGCUGCCCAACGGUGUCAGCGUGCCAAGAAGGGGCCCGUGGGUGUCCCCCACAGGAGAAGGAAUUAGGCAUGCAGUUGGCAGAGGGAGAAUGCGGGGAGUGUAUGGGCCAGGCCCCUGCCUUAGGUGCUGGGCAGCAUACCAGCAAUUAGUGUUUGUUUGUGUGGGAUUGUCGCUCUGACCGCACCAGCCCUUUCCCGCCUCCUCUCUCUGAGGAAGACAGUGGAGUGGGUUUACUAAGCCUGCCACAAUAUGGGUUAUUUUUGCCCCAUCCACGUGGGUGGUAGGAAGCCUAGAAAUCCCCCCUCCCAAGCAUUGCCAAUAGCAGGUGGAACUAUGAACAAGUUCUGACCAAGCCUCUGGGCACGUUCCAGACCCACCAGGGAAAGAGAGAUGGGGGUGGGAAGGGGGGGGGGGUUUACAAGUUUUUGAGCAGAAAAGGGUCCCUUCUCUCUAUCACUCAUUCAGUGAUGGGGAGGGCAAUGAGGGAAGCCAGUGGUCACAGCAGGGCAAACCGUCCUCGCCUACGGCUGUGAUCAGGGGAAGGGGAGACUGGCGUUUCCACAUGAAGCCGCUGGUCUGAAGCCUGGGAGCCAAAUAAUGUAUUGCUGCCCAUUAUCCAACCCCCUUCCCCACCCCACCCCGUCUCACACACACACACACGAACACACAGAGGUGUGGUGGUGGUGGAGCGGAGCGGGGUGGUGGAAGCACAUUCUUGCGAACUCCCUUCUAGCUCUUGGUUGAGGGGGAAUAUAAUUCCUUCAGGACUUCUGUCCUUCUUUGAAUGUUUGGUAACAUGGUGCCUAAUGAGUCUGUCUUUCUGUUCUUGCACCGACUCUGGAUGUAGCUCUUGCUGGUGGGGGGGGGGGGGGGGGCUUCCUCAACCGAAAACUAAGCAUGAACUGAGUUGGCCCUGCUCCCCCAUUUGAGAGAUAUCUCUGCAGCGGCCCUCCCCUCUUUUCUCCCUCUUUCUGGAGGAAGUGGGUCGCGGCACAUGGGGGGGUCCCGGGGAGUCUUUGGGUAGGGGUCCUGGACUCAAAGAGGGUUCCUAUUGCAGACUCUUGUCUCUAAGAUUGUUUUGUUUUGGAAAUACGAGGUACAUUUGGAGGCUGUCCCCCUCCCCUUCACCCGAUUCAUACUUGACCUGGAGAUGCACACUGUGGCCCCCAAGACCCCACCCUCCGCUCCCCCCAUGAGGCUUCCUGGCCCCAAGGGCUAUCUGUGGCUCUGGGGGGGAGGCCUCCUCUCAGCCCCAAACCAAAGGGGCUUCCCUCCUCCUUCUCUGCUGUUUGCCAAGCAGCCGGAGUGGGGCCUCUGAGCCUCUCUCUGAUGAACAUGCGGAAGAAAGUGCUUUUUUUUAAACAAAAAAAGAUGUUUGUACAUAUUAUAUAUAGUAAUAAAGGUUAUAUAUAGAUAUAUAUAAUAAAUAAUAGAUAUAGAUAUAUAUAAAAUAUAUACAUACAUAAAUUUAUGUCUUGUUUUACAAACAAGGGAGAGCAAAUAUAUUAAUCUUAAUAUUAAAA